UAAUGAGAGAGAAAUACACUUUAGUUAUGAUGCUCGUUUAAUAUUCUAUAAAUGGCGUAAUAUGUGUGAAAAUAAUUCACUAUUUUUGAGGACAUCAUGGAGAAAACAGGGAUUAUAAGCUUUACUUUCUUGUGUGUUUUCAUAGCAGGUACACUUGUGGUAGUUUCAAGCCAUCCAGUAGGGAAAAACAAUGGUUAUCCGCAAUACGUGAUAAAACAAGCACCAGCAAACAACAAACCGUCACCACCUGUUAACACACCAAAGCCAGCACCAGCUACCAAUGCACAAACGCCAGCACCAACUAAAAAAACACCAACGCCAGCACCAACUACCAAUGCACCAACGCCAGCACCUUCUACCAAAGCACCAAAGCCAGCACCGACUACCAAAGCACCAAAGCCGGCACCACCUACCAAAACACAAAAGGCAGCACCACCUACCAAAGCACCAACGUCAGCACCACCUACAAAUGCACCAAAGCCAGCAACUCCAAAACCUGCACCAUCUCCCAAUACUAAAGCACCAACCACCCAAGCGGCGGAAGUAACAGAAGCCGCUGAAGUAGAACCACCACAAGAGGGACAACCACCACCUUCCAAAGCACCAGCGCCAGCACCACCUACCAAAGCACCAACGCCAGCACCACCUACCAAAGCACCAAAGCCAGCAACUCCAAAGCCUGCACCAUCUCCACCACCAGCCACUCAAGCGCCGGAAGUAACAGAAGCCGCUGAAGUAGAACCACCACCAGAGGGAGAACCAGCAGCGGAAGGAGAACAGCCGGCAGAGGGGACAGCGGAAGCAGGUGCUGAAGCUGAGAAUGGUGAGAUGGCAGCUGAAGCUGGGGCUGAGGCUGGUGAAGCUGCGGCAGCAGAAGCUGGUGAGGCUGGUGAGGUGGCAGCAGGAGGAGGUGAGGCUGGCGAGGCAGGAGCUGAGGGAGGAGCAGCACCAUGAGUAAAGCAUCAAUACAUAUUGCCAACUAUAUGAACAUUUCGCAUUAUUGUCUUUGUUAUCCAUACCAAAGGAUCCAUUUGACUGGAAACUGAAGUAUGUCAGCUAUAUCUAUUAGGAAUUUACACAUCAUUAGUACACAAACAUGUUCUUAUCUAUAAACGUGUACUUGUACACAUAAGAAAAAAACUAUAAUCUAGGUGAAAUCACUAGAAAAAAUGCAUCCACUUACUCAGAAAGUAUGGCUUAAUAUAUUUCUGUUUUGUGUUGAAGAUGUUAAUCGAAGUUUGUAUUUCCCUUUAAACAAAGAACCUAUGUGCUUUAAACAUUCCAUUUGUUUACUGUAUUACAAUACUGUUGUUUGUGCUAUAAAUUUCAUUUGCAUGUUUGCAUGUACAUAUAUCAGCAUAUGCUGUGCUUUAUUUAAUUCCAUUGUAAACAGAAUUUAUUAUUUUUAAAUAAAAUAUUGCUUUGUU